AUGGUCUCGUCAAACUCAGCUCGGAAUGUCCUGCUGACUCCCUCGUCCAUUAAUACACUUGUGACUGAUCGGGAAAUUUUUACUUUAGCAGCAAGUGUCGUACCCAAGCUUCGAUCUGUUCUAGAACACCGCAAGGACAUGCUACGCAGCAGCAGCGUCUGGCAUGCACCAUCGUCGCGCCGAAAGCAGCAAUUACCAUGUUGGGUCAUCAACAGGAAGCUAUAUGGUGUCGAGAUCUGCGAAUUCGAUCGUGCUAAGCUCCCACAAAUCAAAAACAUCGACAGCUCAAACUGGUUUCGUGGAUCAUCACGAGUUGCUGACAUUCGUCACUCUAUGAUUGAGUCACGAGAGUCAGGUAGUACCUGCGAUGCCCUUCUAGGAGGCCACACGCAAUCUGAAAAUCGAACACAAGAGCUACUUCAAUGGCCGUCUAGUGAUUUAGAUAUCUCGUACGCGGUUUCAGCUCACGUUACACUCAACUGUCAACUGAACGAGGCAAUGACCAUGCUUUUCAGCCGCGAGACGCUACAGUUCGAUGCUAGUAUGAGUGCUCUUUUUGGUGCAAGAAAGUAUAGAAACGGCGAUCUUUUAAUCUCUCGUGAAUUCCACAAGAAUCGCUCGAUGGAAUACGAUAACAACAGCAUGUUCUGCGUAGAUGACGAAGACUUAAAUGAUCUCUCGCAACCAGGAUGGAUUGCACUGCAUUCCGUCGUAUUGCGCCCACGCCGCUCACUUAAUCCAAUAACAGCAGCCACGCGGACAAGUCGUCGCCAGCGUCUUUGCUUUGCAGCGUAUUCGCAACUCUGCCCUGACUCAAAUGAAGCCUUUUACACCAUGAAAACGUUACCUAAGCCCAUGCACGACAAACUCACUGGUUGUAGAGACCAACGUGCUUCAGAACAGGUAAUCCGGGGAAAUUUGGACCAUAUUGCUGUUGGAUAUCACCUCAGGAGCACGUACAGCGACUUAAGCGGUCAUCAGACGCGAAUUGUCAUGACAGCGUAUGUUCACAGUCCACAAAUAUCAGAUAAAUCUCAAACGCGAUCAAAAUUUUGGGUGAAAGGAAAUCCUAGCAAUGGUGAUCCAGUGACUUGUCAACGGCACUGCAAGCGAUCGAAAGCCAAUGCAGAGGCUAAAUACGUUGUGAAUCUUCUCGCGACAGCAACAACCACGUUCGAGCAACUCGUGCGGCGUCGACGAUUGGGUAACCAACCAUUCUUUCAGACUCCUGUAAACCGAAACACAGCUGAAGAUACGAAAUGCAGCGUAUGUCUGAAGCACUUUGGACUGAUGCGCUAUCAACGUUUCUGUCAACUCUGUGCUAAGGGAGUUUGCCGUGAGUGCUCACGAAAAGUCGAGGUUGAACCAUUCGCACGUAAAGUUCGUCGAAAUCGUGUUUGCUUUGCUUGUGUAGCCAGUGUGGACGCUAGCGUGUUUAAGCAAGAGAACCCGCUUUUACACGCUUCGUUCUCCAAGAUCUCAGUCGGAGAGGGCAAGACCAACAAACAUGACCAAGAACGUGAUGCAGCAGAUGUGAAUCCCUCGACCGCUUCUUACGACGCUUCGCUGAACUAUACCGACUGCUCACGCAACUCACUUACAGCGCAACAAACACUAAUUUCUCAGGCUUCUAUUGAAGCACAAUUGCACAGGCCAGACCGUAGUAGCAGUGCUGUCACAACGUCAACCUCUUUCUCAUCCACAUCUGGACGACAACUGGCUGACGCACUUUUUUCAAAGAAUCCGCGCACUCGAGCACGUGCACUUGAAACUGUACGUCAAAUACUGAAACAGGUCACAUCCGAAUCUACGUCAGCUUGUACAUCUUCGACCUUCAAAUCUCCAAUGUCAUUGUCUCCUUCUCAUAACCCUGACGAAAAAAUGAUGGACAAAUAUAUAGAGGCACGACUGCACCUAUCGAAUAUCACGGUCAGCGAAGACACUGCAUUUGAGAACCGAAGUGAAGACAUAUCUCGUAUCCGAUCGAAUUAUUAUCAUGACAUCCAGUUCGGGACGCAGCGUCGGCGUUGUUAUACAAGUGGUCAAUGCUUUCCUUCUUCGACCUUCAAUGAGAACUCCAUCGCACCAAGACCAUGGACUACAACCACCAAUCUAGAGACGGAACUAGAUUUAGAUGAUGGUCUCGACUCGGCAGCUUUGGACUCAAUAUGCGAAGUUGCAGCCGUCCGAAUGCAAUGUUCAAUCGCGUACAUUGUAGCGUUCAAUGGUGCCCACAGCUCCCAAGCUCAGCGCAUCGUUGGAUGUUAUGGAGCGCCAAGUCAAUUUGCUGAGAAAUAUAUGGCAAUUUGUCCACUCUCUCUCAUAAAAAGCGGCAAACCGUUUGUAAUCAAAGACCCUGCAUGUGACCCCCAGCUAUCAAAUCCAAGACUCGUGCGUAACGUUGACGUGCAGCUCUUUGCCGGGUUCCCAAUUAAGUCACCUGACGGCACCGUCGUCGCUUGCUUAUGUUUGAUGAAUACCACACGUUGCGAAAAGAUUCCUCUCGAAAAUCUCACAGCUAUGCAUGUGCUUUCAAAGCUCGCUUCCGACCUGUUUGAGGAGGAGGUAAACCCAUACACGCCGCGUCAUUAA